UGUUAGACAGUCCUGAGUGUGGGAGGUGCGGUUAGGGUCCUUGCGGAUGCCUUGAUCAAAGAUGGCGGCGGUGAAGUUGGGCACUUGUUGGCUCUUGGCUUCAAGAAUACACACAGGCCAGCACGCGAGGCGCAUGUGUUUGACCAAGAAAUGGAGCGGGAAUGGCUUGGGAUAUCAGAACCUUCUGCAACCAUCAACUUCCGUCUCCGUUGCCUUGAGAAGCAUGUUCAUUCAGACCCAAGACACGCCAAACCCGAACAGCUUGAAGUUCAUCCCUGGAUGUACGGUGUUGGAAUCGGGCACCAUGGAGUUCUCAGCACCCCGAAGUGCCUUCUGUUCUCCUUUGGCCAGAUUUGACAAAGGGUCAGUUAGACUCUUUUCUCUCCUUCCAGAUGCUGCCAGACCUGCUGAGAUUUUUCAGCAUUUUCUCUUUUGGGUUGAAAACAGAGGCUGGAAGUGGCCAAGGAAGUUGGGCGAGAAUCAGUCAAGGCAGCUCUUCAGGAUUGACGGGGUGAAAGGUGUUUUCCUUGGGCCUGAUUUUAUAACCAUCACCAAGGUCGGCGAGGAGGUGGAUUGGAAGUUGCUCAAGCCGGACGUGUAUGCCGCCAUCAUGGAUUUCUUUGCGUCGGGACUCCCAAUCCUGACUGACGACGCUCCGCGCUCCGAUACAGCUGCUUCAGAGGAUGAUGACGAAGUUGUGGCCAUCAUUAAGGAGCUGUUGGACACCAGGAUUCGGCCCACAGUUCAAGAGGACGGCGGUGAUGUGAUCUUCAAAGGUUUUGAAGACGGAAUUGUCAAAUUGAUGCUGCAGGGUUCGUGCACCAGCUGCCCCAGCUCUGUCGUCACCCUGAAGAGUGGAAUUCAGAACAUGCUGCAGUUUUACAUCCCAGAGGUGGAGGGUGUGGUGCAGGUUACAGAUGAAGAACUCGAAGCCGACGUUUCGUGAAUGUUUGGUGACCACAGGGUGAUAACCCAAAUGUGCUGCCUGUUGGUAAAUCCUCAUGCACCUUAACAAUUUAUUGGCACCUCUACUGGCUGCAACGCAUUGUGAAACAGAAUAAUAUAUGUUGCAAUAAAGCAUUAAAGCUUGA